UGAUCCACCACCAAGAGGAGAGAGACGUGUAAAGAAGGAAUGAACGAGCAGAGCAAACUGCGGGAAUAACAGCUGGAUUUGGUUAGGAUUGUGGAUUUUGCACGCGAGAAAGAGUGUCGUCUUGGUCUCAGUCCAAAUGGAGACGUGAUCCAUGGAAAUCCUGGUGAAAUUUGAACAUGAUAACCAGCCGGUGACCUUUGGAUAUAACCGAAAACUAUUGGUUCAACUCAAUUCCUCAUCAAAAACACGGAACGUCGAGAGGGAUCUCCACUAUCACAAGCAAUCUCAAGGAUACCAGUAACAAUUACUGGGUUGGGAUCUACCGUUGUACGUGCAUUGUUAUGGCUCGCAUGUUGUCAUUGGAUAAGACCACGCUGAAGAAGCCUGGUCCUGGAUCAGAAAUGGGAACAGGAUCUGUGGCCGGGAAUGGAGACGAUGACCUUGGAAUGCAACAAUCAAACUGGAGGCUUCUCGGAUUAAGCUUCUUUUUCUUGUUUUACUUGGCCAUGGGCGCGUCCGUUUUCUCAGCCAUCGAAGGACCAAUAGAGAGCGAGGCAGUGAAAUCUCUCGAGGAAAAGCAAUCUGCCUUCUUGAAAAAGUUUCCAUGCAUUGAAGCCCAUGAUCUUGAGGAACUUAUGUCAGAUGUUGUGGAUGCCAACAACCGUGGUGUGUCCCUGGGUUGGAACGGAUCAGUGAGCGUUCCAUCUUGGAGUUUUGGACAAUCGUUCUUUUUCUCCAGUACCGUUAUCACCACCAUUGGCUAUGGCCACCAAUCUCCUUUGUCUUCAGAGGGCAAGGUGUUUUGCAUCAUCUAUGCCCUGAUCGGAAUUCCCAUGACUUUGAUUCUCUUCUCGGCCGUGUUAGAAAGGCUCCAAAUUCCCGUUCAGUUCUUGUUGGAUCUGAUGAAGUCUAAAAUUGGUCAUCUUUAUCAACCAAUAUACGUCUAUCUGAUCCACUUUACGUUUAUCGUGUGCUUAGUCAUUUUUCUGAUGUUUCUACUUCCGGCUGCAGUGUUUACCACCUUGGAAUCCAAUUGGAACUAUUUGGACUCCCUGUAUUAUUGCUUUAUUUCCCUCACCACAAUUGGUCUCGGCGACUUUAUCCCCGGAGAUUCCCCAGGACAAGCACUUAGACCCGUCUACAAAGCUUGCACAACCUUCUACCUUUUGGCCGGAGUGGUGUCCAUGAUGUUAUUGCUAACAAUAUUCUAUAACAUCCCCCAAUGCAAUUUCAAGUUGUUCUUCUUGUUGAGGCCAGGUGGAUGCUGCUCCAGUAACAAUGGACGAGGACCUGGACAAAACGGCGGAGAAAGGGUGGAUCCAGAGCGCAUUCGACUCCAGUCAUCUAGUUCUGGUCCCAAAUACACCCAACACCUGGAAGAUCCAGAGGGAAAUUCUCGAAGGACCAGAGUAAUCCGAGCCAAAUCUCGACCGUGCGAGGAUUCGCCUUCCCCAACUGAAGAAGAACCAAGCUCCUUCUCUGGCCAGAACUAAUAUAGAUUUUGCCCGAUGAAAGGGACAGCCUCGGAUUAGUGACCUCAUCAACUUUGAAAUGAGUUCGUUACCUAACCGACUGAAAUCCAUAUCAACCGCCAUAUCUGCAUUUAUGUUGGAAUGUCUAAUCAUGCGCUUAUCCUUGUAAAAAGAUUGCAUUAGUUGAUGUGUUAUCCAGUGUAUAUGUCACCUUGUGUGUAGAGAUCAAUGUACAGCUUCCCACAAUCAACAAACUAUGAAAUACUCUAUUUUGAACCCAGGAAACCAAGAUGAUUUCAAACAUUGCUAUUGAGAUAAUCCACGUGAAAUUAAUGUUAAAAAAGUUCAAAAUCUGUCCAUGUUGAUAAAAGCUUAAAUAAAAUGUCCUCCAACUGAA